GCUCGGUAUAUAAAGAGAGUAUAUAAAAUGAAGUCGUAUAUCAUUAUGUUAGAAACCGACGAAGCAUAACUUAACCGGCGUUACAUGUACCCUAGAUCGGCCGAAGGAGAACUUAAAGGCUUUCUGCCUAGGAGCAUGACACAUAUGUGAUUUUAUAUGGACACUACGAGACGUUGCUGUUGACCAAUCAGCUACCAGGGAGAUCUAGACUGCUCCAUUUGGUCUAAAGUAGAUAUUUAAAUAUUUGACGACGUUGUAAACAGAGAAGAAUUCUUCGAUAGAUUAAAGCAUGACUUUCCUUAAAUGGGAGGAUUACGUCGUGGUGGCGGUAACCGUGACAAUAUCUCUUGGUGUGGGACUCUUUCAAGCUCGUCGAGGAGGGCAAAUGAAAACUACCACGCAAUAUAUUAUGGGGGAUUCCAAAAUGGCCUUUUUACCAGUUGCUAUUUCGUUGAUGGUUUCCUAUGAAUCGGGCAUACUGAUGCUUGGUAUACCGGCAGAAGUGUACUUAUAUGGUAUGCAGUGGGGCAUGGCUUAUGUUGGAUUCUUUAUAGCUGAUAUGACAAGUCGAACAGUAUUCGUACCAGCCCUCAGAAAGUUAAACAUCACCAGUAUAUAUGAGUACCUGGAACUCCGUUUCAAGUCACAUGGCAUCAGAAUGUUUGCGACUGUUUUGAGUAUGUUUUAUGGGGUCAAUUACUUCGGAACGGUCCUGUUCUUACCUGCAGUAUCACUUGAAGCGGUGGCUGGUAUUCCAACAUGGAUGUCUAUCAUUGGUCUUCUGAUUGUGGUGCUGAUAUAUACUCUGAUAGGAGGAUUCAAGGCAGUCAUUUGGUCGGAUGUGAUACAGGCCAUCAUUAUGUUAUGUGGAAUAUUCGCCCUGCUUAUCAAGGGCACCAUUGAGUCAGGCGGAGUAAAGGAAACAUGGACUACUGUUUACGAUACUGGACGAGUCAACUUAUUCGUAAUGGAUCCCGACCCGACGUUGAGACAAUCAUUUUGGAGUCUUGUUUUUGGAAGUUCAGUGAGAGGCUUCGCCACGGUUUUCAUGCAAACGUCCUUCCAGAGGAUAAAGGCCACGCCAACUUUGAAAUCAACGAAAAAUAUGUACCUUGUUACGGCGUUUUCCUUUCUAUUUGUGUCAUGGCUAGCCAUACUGGAGGGCGCUGUCAUGUUUGCUUACUUCAACAAACAGGGCUGUGAUCCUUUGGUAUCGAAGCGGUUGGGCAAUGAAAAUCAGUUAAUUCCAGCCAUGGUUGUAGACAUAUUCCAGGACACUCCCUGCAUGCCGGGACUGUUCUUAGCGGCUCUCUUUAGUGCUUCUCUCAGCACCAUGUCAUCUCUAUUGAGUAGUCUGUCUGCAGUGUUUUGGGAGGAUAUUGUUAAACCCCACACCAAACCGAUGUCGGAAAGGAGAGGAAUUAUCAUAGCCCAAAUCGCAGUCUUCGUAUUCGCCGUUAUUGGCGGUGUGGUCGCGUUUGUUGUUUCUGGAAUAGAAGGUCCUGCUACACAAAUUUUUAACAUCACAUCGUCAAGUCUGACGGGAGCUUUGACAGGCAUUUUCGUUCUCGGAUUCCUUAACCCAUGGGCAAAUUCAUUGGGUGCAAUAGUAGGAGGAAUGUGCAGUGUCCUGUUCGUCGGAUGGAUUUCAUUAGGAAAAAUAAUUUCUCCUGGUGUGAAGGUUCAUCCAAAACUAGACCCAGCUCCAACGUAUAACUGUUUGUCCCCAAACGCCUCUUUUGCCUUCAAUAGUACCAUGUACAACAGCUCCAUGUACACCAUAGAUGUCACCACGCCAGCUGUGGAAACUGUGACGUCACCAACCGGACUAGAUGUACUGUAUUCCGUCUCGUACAUGUGGCUAGGAGCACUAGGUGUCCUCAUUGUGUUAAUAACCGGCUCCCUUGUUAGUCGACUCAAAGAUCAACCUCCCGUCGAUCCUAAGCUCUGGGUUCCUGUGUGUGAUUUAGUUUGCUGUUGUCUGCCGGAGAGCGCACGAAAACGAUUCCGACGUAGAACGGACUUUCCCGAACUAAAUGGCAAUUUACAUGACGAAGAAAAACCCAUGAAUGACCUGAAACCCGAAGGGCAGUCAGUGUUAUGAUAGCAAUUGUUCAGCACUGAUCCCUGUCCUAUCCCCAUUCUCAUAUAUUGUUGAUUUGAAACAAGGAGGCAUUGUACCCGGUGCGUACGCGUGACCCUUCACCCUGAGCAAGUUGAGGAAAGUGUAUAGCAUGUGUAAGCCAAGAACUUGUCAAAUCAUGCCGUGAUGAAAAACCCUUUCUCACAGUUUGGGUUUUAAAAAUGCCAAAGGAAUCUUCAUUUGCCAUUGCCAUCGGUUCCUCAAUUCGGCAGACAAUAAACACUGAUGUCAUACUAUUUACAAGAUCUUCAUUUCAUUCAUUCCCAAAGCAUCCAUCUAUCGACACAUGAAAUCAACACUUAGCAGACUUACAAAGUCACCUGAUUGGUAAGUUCAGCGGAACAUUCUGAUCGUGACCUUUUCAGGGUCUUAGGAGGAGAUCUAGAGGUUUUAUAGAAUUUUAUGUUGUUUGCUUGUUAGGAAAUCCUAUACAUACAAAAAAUAAGUGUUCGCUACAUCGACAUCGGAAGCCAUACCCACAUGUCAUUUCUUGAUAUAUGGAAUACGGGGAAGGUUUUGGAAGAGUGUUGCACGUGCAAAGUUUGUUGGAAAAUGAGAUAUACACGAGCAUUUUAACCAUGUUAUAAGGAUUCAAUGCUCUCUUCGUGCCUUAUUUAUCUUUUGCUUGUUUAGAUAUGUAUUCAAUAUAUUUGCUUUAAGCACAUCAAGAAUCAGCCUCAUAUUUUAUGUGUAUGCAUAAUAUCAUUCGAAACCAUAUAUCAAAUAAUAUACUAUCGAUUAAAUUACUUAUAAUUGUAAUCAAAUUGAUAGUAUGCUAUUUUUACACUUAUACCUACAAUGUAUGACACUUUUUUCCUAAACUGUAAAAGUGGAAAUUUUUACUUUUUUAAUUGUAUUUGGAUGUACAUAACAUAAUAUAUAUACAUAUAGAAUAUAAGGAUUUAAGAAGUAUUGCCAAUGCAAAAAUGUUAAUACCGCCGUAGUGUUAAAGUAUCACCGCGCGAACAUUGCUACCGGCGAGAAUGUUUACUUCUACAGCACAUGUAAUAAAAGAAAAAUGGAAAGAGGAAAACAUUAUCUUACUUCUUUUGGUCAAAAUAAAUUUCUGCAAUGACAAGCAAAAUUUUGAAUAGGUGCUCCCUUAAGCUUCGUAUUUCUACUUACUGUUUUACUUACAAUCAAUCCCUACGAAUAUUGUUACUUUUGGUUUAGGUCAGGUUAUUUCUAUAUCAAUAAUAACAUUAAAAUCAAACAAAAUUGAAAAUUAUUUCAUCUUACAUUCUCCCUCUGACAAACUGGAGACGACGUCACAUCUCACUAAUACCAUUGAAGGCGACAAAGUGGAAUCCGCAUCUUGAUGCUCAUCAAAAACAGCGGAACAGGUGACCUCGAAAAUUGCAGACUGCGAUACCACAAACAAUACCACACAUCACACUCUCUGUUUGUCUAAGUUUGUACAUUGUAUAUAUGGUCUUUGUUCCACACAAAUGUCUUGCUUAUAUCACAAAACAUAGUUUUUCUUAUUUUCCCGAGUCAUAGCCAAUAAUAAGUUUACUGAAGAAUCGCCGGGGCGAAAUCCAGACUGACAUUUUGUAACUAAAUUCUACUAAUUCUAAACAUGAUGAACAUACACCUCUCCAUUAUUUUUCGAUUUAUCCUUAAAAGAGAAAUAGGACGCUACUUUUUCACGCUGUUCGUCUCUUUCUUUUUAUGUACAGGAAUACCAUUAGCUAUUUUCCAAGUGUCUGGAAAUAUGCCAGUUUGUAUAUAUAAGUAAGAAAGGGUGCAUAAAGGC